AUCAAGCACCUAGGCAUGUAGACUGAUUCUACAAACAUUUGUGAAAAAUGAAUGAGUCGCUCUCAGGAGCUCAGUGAAUUCAAUCGUGGUACCGUGAUAGGUUGCCACCUGUGCAAGUCCAUCCGUGAAAUUUCCUUGCUACUAAAUAUUCCACGGUCAACUGUUAGUGGUAUUCUAACAAAGUGGAAGCAACUGGGAACAACAGCAACUCAGUCACGAAGUGGUAGGCCACGUAAAAUGAUAGAGUUGCAUCAGCGCAUGCUGAAGUUCACAGUGCGCAGAAGUCGCCAACUGUUUGCAGAGUCAAUAGCUAAAGACUUCCAAACUUCAUGUGGCCUUCAGAUUAGCACAACAACAUUGUGUAGAGAGCUUCAUGGAAUGGGUUUCCAUGGCCUAGCAGCUGCAUCCAAGCCUUACAUCACCAAGUGCAAUGCAAAGCGUCGGAUGCAGUGGUGUAAAGCCGCUGUAGAGCAGUGGACAAGAGAACGGUAUUUACCUGACUGCAUUGUGCCAAGUGUAAAGUUU